AUGUCGGAAGCCGAUAUAUCUAAUUUAGGACAGACGAAAGUGGAAACCCCACAUUCAAAAGAAGGCUGCUUUCCUCCCUUAGCCAGUUUCAUUUUCCCAGACUUUAGAGCAUUAUUUGAUAUAGGGUUUGAUUUUUAUUCUAAUUUAAGCUAUAAAGAGGUAGAGAUUAACGGAUUUGAGAUUUAUAUUGUUGAACAAUGGGCAGCACAGAGGAAAAUAUCAACCUUGAUUACAUCAUAUACAGGCAAUAUGCAGGAUACCAUUUCCGCAGUUGAGGUUGCUCUUCCGGAAGAUCCUGAGGAAUGGCCAAGUUGCUUGAAGAAAUACCAUGAAGAAUUAUUGAAGUUUUCUAGGCCUAAAAAAACUGUCAAAGGGACGUUGUUCAUCACAAAUCUUUCUUCUUUUAAAUCUACACUCAAUUUACUGCACGUAGAGUGUGGCAAUCUAAAGAAAAUCUGGAAGAAUUUUAAAACGAACUACGACUUGAAGAGCUUGCGUUGUGGUGGGCGUUCUGCUCAAUUAUUGAAAAAAACACCCAGUGCUUCAAUAGCAAAGUUUGCACAGCUGUACAAAUUCCCGAACUCAGCGUUUGCUCAUGAAAUUACCUCGGAUUUCCAACAAGGAAUCCUUCAAAACGAGAGCGAUGCUAUAAAUGACAUAGACAAUACUGCUAUUAACUACUGUCCAGUGGUGGAAUUAACCACUUUGGUACAAAUAUCACUCAGCUAUUUUGCUUUGUUUGAAUACAAGAAGGAAAGGGAUGGCCUAUUAUGUAAUGGAACGAAGCAAUCUCUAGAAAAAUGGUGGGAAAUAUAUGGCACGCGAUUUCUUGGCACCGAAAAACCAAAAAACGAGACAAUUCUUGGUCCAACUACAGUUGCGUCAUUACUUAGUCUUGUGUUGACUUGCUACUUCAAGUUGAUGGUAGAAGAUUGCAUGUCAGCGAAAGAUCCAUUCGAUGAAGAGGAGUUUUAUUCUGGUCUAUAUGCGUUUCAAAAGAAGUACGGGCUAUCUAAGAACCAUAGGCAGACCUUUCUGGACGAACAAACGGUCGACAAGCUAUUUGAAGUCUCUUCCAAGACCUCAAACAAAGAUAUUUUCAAAUUUAAAAGGGUCGUAAAGUCAACAGUGCAAGAUAUGACUGGGAAAGGUAAUUUUAUGCAUCUAUCUAAUGAGAUUUUAACAACUGAUUUAGACACCUUAGUAAAGAAUAUACAUAGUGGAUCCCUUGGUAUGUUGUGGAAGGGGAAAAGCGCGUCCAGAAAAGAAGCAUGUAUGGCUUGGGAAAGAAGGACAUUUUUGAGUUUUAAAUUUGAACGUGGUGACCCAGCUUUGCAAUUGGACAAUAAAGAGUUAUUCUAUGGUAAAAAUGUGCCUAACGAAUCAUUAGCACCAGCUAAUAAGGAGAAUACCAAAAUACCAUCAAGUAAGAAGAAAAGCAUAUAUGCCGUUACAAAUGCUACAGCAUCAUCGCUGUCUGUCUCAUCCAUGUUCUGUAAUUAUGAUGAAACCCGUUAUGCAAGCACUCAAAAUCUCAAUAGGGCUUACAGAAAGGAGUAUUUUAGGCGAAAUUCAAUCCCAUUUUGUAAUGAUGAUAUACAUGAUACUAAAAAAGUUUCAACGGAUCUUAACGAAGCAGAGGAAUUGUAUCGCUGUAACUCCUAUUCUGGCGUACAAAAUGCGAUAGAGGCAUGGAGCCUGCCAUUUGAUUCAUCUGUCAUCAAACUGGCACGAGAUUUGCUCAAGAUACAAAGUCUAUUGUCCGUUCAACGUCAGCUUGAUGAAAUACGUGAUGGAUAUUUAGGAAAAAAUUCACAGCGGUCCUACCAGAACGACUUGAGGUUCAAAAAAGGCUUGAAUAAGUUGCAAGACAUAUGCGAGAGAUGUAAGAGAGGUUCUAACGAAUUUCAGUGGGAAUACAGUAACAUGCAAAACAAGCAGCAGAUUUUAGAGAGUGAGAAAAAAGGUAUGACAUCGCUUUCCUCGAAAUUAAGAUAUAAUGUUCGUAUCCUAGAUAGACGUGUAAGAGAUGUUGAGACCAGUGUAGACCAUUUUGAUCGCAAGUUAGAAGAUGUUCGGAAAAAACUUCUGGAGCAAAAUAACAGUAAAGAGAUAUCGAUGGUAUUGGAAAGUCCUUAUGGCAAAGCUGAAUUUGACAAUUUCAUGGAUUCUAUGGUGCAAUCUGAACAAACUAAUUAUGAGGGAUUCUGCUUCAAAAUUCUGGAUAAGAAGAGCCUUCGAAAGCUUAAAAAGCAACUUUGGAAAUGGAGCACUUGGAUGUUUGAUACCUUCUUGUAUAAAAAUAGACCGAACAAGGAAAAAGAAAUGCUAUAA